AUGGGCGAGUGGCAACACGGUAUCUUCGGUUGUUUCGACAACAUCGGGCUGUGCAUCUUCACGUACAUCGUGCCAUGCUACACCUUCGGCAAGACAGCCGAGGCGCUCGGGGACGACUGUCUGCUGUGCGGCCUGGCGCUCUUCGUGCCGCUACUAAACAUCUAUGCCCUGGUCACCACCCGCGGGAAAGUGAGAGAAAACAAAGGCAUAGAAGGCGGCCUUAUUGGAGACCUGCUGAUGAUCUGCUGCUGUGGAAUCUGUUCGUUGGUUCAGGAGGCCCAAGAAAUGAGCGUGUCAACCCCGCUGGGAGCUGGCGAGUCCAUCGCCCGAUCGUAG